ACUCAUAAAAACACAAAAACAAAAAACAAAAAAUGUUUCAAUUAUUAACGUUAGCUCUCUUGAUUUCCUUGUUGGUUACAUCGGUGAACGGUGACGAAAAGCCCCGUGGCGUAGCUUACGAUGGCCGUUCCUUGAUCGUAAAUGGAAAUAGGGAACUCUUCUUUUCUGGUUCUAUUCAUUAUACCCGUAGUCCUCCCGAGAUGUGGCCAGAAAUUAUUAGAAAGGCUAAAGAAGGAGGUAUUAAUCUCAUCCAGACUUAUGUGUUCUGGAACAUUCACGAGCCCGUUCAAGGCCAGUACAACUUUGAAGGAAAUUUUGACAUUGUCAAAUUCAUCAAGGAGAUAGCUGAACAGGGUUUGUAUGUAACUCUCAGAAUUGGACCUUAUAUUGAAGCAGAAUGGAGUUCUGGAGGGUUUCCAUACUGGUUAAGAGAGGUUAAAAAUAUCACAUUCCGUUCUUAUAACGAGCCAUUUGUGUACCACAUGAAAAAAUAUUCAGAAAUGGUCAUUGAUUUGAUGAAAAAGGAGAAAUUGUUCGCACCCCAAGGAGGUCCCAUUAUCUUGGCUCAGAUAGAAAAUGAGUACAACAAUGUCCAAGCUGCUUAUAAAGAGAAUGGAAAGAAAUAUAUUGAGUGGGCAGCAAAUAUGGCUGUUGGAUUAUACAAUGGUGUUCCCUGGAUUAUGUGCAAGCAAAAAGAGGCCCCUCCUACAGUAAUAAACACGUGCAAUGGAAGGCAUUGUGCGGAUACUUUCACGGGACCUAAUGGGCCCAACAAACCUUCUCUGUGGACUGAAAAUUGGACUGCCCAGUAUAGAACAUUUGGAGACCCUCCAUCACAAAGAUCAGCAGAAGAUCUUGCUUUUUCUGUGGCUCGUUUCUUUGCCAAAAAUGGGACUCUUACAAACUAUUACAUGUACCAUGGUGGAACAAACUUUGGAAGAUCAAGUUCUUCUUUCGUGACUACUCGUUAUUAUGAUGAGGCUCCUCUUGAUGAAUUUGGUUUAAUGAGGGACCCGAAAUGGAGUCACUUGAGAGACUUGCACAGAGCUUUGAGAUUAUCAAGAAGGGCUCUUCUUUGGGGUACUCCCACAGUACAAAAGAUUAACCAGGACCUUGAGAUCACUGUGUAUGAGAACACUGCUGAGCAUAUGUGUGCUGCCUUUUUGACCAACAAUCACACCACUCAACCUUCCAACGUUACAUUUAGAGGAGCUGCUUAUUACUUGCCUGAAAAAUCAGUUAGCAUUCUAGCUGAUUGUAAGACUGUCGUUUACAACACUCAAACGGUAGUCUCCCAACACAAUUCAAGAAACUUUGUACCAUCAGAAAAAGCAAAGAAUCUUAAAUGGGAAAUGUAUCAAGAAAAAGUACCAACUAUCAGUGAAUUGGCACUUAAGAAUAGGGAACCAUUGGAGCUCUACAGUUUAACUAAAGAUAAAUCAGACUACGCGUGGUAUUCCACAAGCAUCAACCUUAAUCGACAUGACUUGCCCAUGAGAUCUGAUAUUCUCACUGUCUUGCAAGUUGCAAGUAUGGGCCAUGCAUUGGCUGCGUUUGUCAAUGGACAAUAUGUUGGAUUUGGGCAUGGGAACAAUAUUGAUAAAAGCUUCGUUUUCCGGCAACCGGUCGUCUUGAAACCAGGAGUUAAUGACAUCACCCUUUUGGGUGAGCUAGUUGGAUACCCGAAUAGUGGAGCUUAUAUGGAAAAGAGGUUUGCUGGACCCCGUGCUGUGACACUUCAAGGUUUAAUGGCUGGAACUCUUGAUAUCACCCUAAAUGUUUGGGGACAUGAGGUUGGUGUAUCUGGAGAAAAAGAACAAGUAUUCACUGAAGAGGGUGCACAGAAAGUAAAAUGGACUCCCGUAACUGGUACUCCUCCAGGACCUGUUACUUGGUAUAAGACAUAUUUCGAUGCCCCUGAAGGCACUGAUCCAGUGGCCUUGAAAAUGGACCAAAUGCAAAAAGGUAUGCUGUGGGUUAAUGGUAAGAGUCUCGGUCGUUACUGGGUUUCUUUCCUCUCUCCCCUUGGACAGCCCACACAAUCUGAGUAUCAUGUUCCAAGAGCAUUUUUGAAGCCAAAUAAUAAUCUCCUAGUUGUUUUCGAAGAAACAGGAGGUCAUCCAGCAAAAAUAGAAAUUGUAACAGUGAAUCGAGACACAAUUUGCAGUAUGAUCACGGAAUAUCAUCCUCCAAAUGUUAAAAAUUUUGAGAGUUCUGGCAGUAAAUUCUGCCCGGUUGUUGAAGAUCUUAAAGCAGGAGCUCAUUUAACUUGCCCCGAUGAUAAUGUGAUCGAAAAAGUUGAAUUUGCUAGUUAUGGUGAUCCAGAUGGUGCAUGUGGAAAUUUCACUAUGGGAACUUGCACUUCACAAAAUAGUAUUAAAGUUGCAGAAAAAUAUUGUUUGGGAAAGCACACUUGUACUAUCCCAAUUGAGAGAGUAACAUUUGAUGAACCAAACAAGGAUCCAUGCCCUAACAUCUUUAAGACUUUAGCUGUCCAAGUCAAGUGUGUUGUACCAAACAAAGAUUAAUUAGUU